UGAACUCAUGGAUCAACACUCCUACAUGACAAAGCGGACAGGGAGUGAGCCCGCCGCUGGAAAAUAGAAACAGACGAACGUUUUGGGAGGACAGAUAUAACUAGAUUGGCUAUCUUUUUACAUUGACCUUGGGUUGUUGUAAACAAUCACAGUCAACGUUUGUUCAUGUAUAGUUGCUGAAACAUCUAUAUUUUUCACUCAAAGUUAACUUUACGCGUAUUUUUCCUGCUGCGAACAAAUAGAUAUAGCCUAUUUAUCGAUAGAGCAUCAUCGCAGAAGCUUGAUAGUGCUGAAGUGAGAACACCAGCGGAUGUGAGGAGAGAGUGUUUUUAUAGACUCAACCCCUUUUUCUUUCAAGCCUUCUCUUUCUUUUGGUUUGGUCCAACAAUAGAGAGAGAGAAAUAGGGAGAGAGAGAGUCACAGGCAUUGGACCUGCUUUCAUGCCGUCAGUCUUGCGGACCCUGAGAUGGACGUGAGAUUUUAUCCAGCACCCCCUUCAAGCGUGGGCUCAUGUACAUUACCAACUGAUUCAAGUUGCCUGACCUCUUUGGACUAUUAUCAUUGCAACAAGAGCAGACACGGUGCAUCAGGCGACCGCGGCGUUCGACUCUAUAGCUCCCUGCCCAUCCGCCCCAACCCCGACGGGAAGAGACUGCCCUCUGCUGGGUUUGAUGGUGAUAACAUGUACAUGAAUGAAAAUAACCAGGAGUUUCUCUCCCCAAAUCAGAGCUAUUCCGGACAGGGAGGAGGAGGCGGCGGUGGGAACGGUGCGGGGGACGAGGACUACGAGAUCCCGCCCAUCACCCCUCCUAACCACGCCGAGCCUUCCCUGCUCCACCUGAUGGACCCAGAGUCGGGCUACCUGUGCCACUCCCUAGGGGCCCACCACAAUGGUAUGAUCAACCCGUACUCCUACCCGGAGCUGCCCGCCCUCAUGAUGUCCAAUAUGUUGGCCCAAGACGGCCACCUGCUCUCCAGCCAAAUGCCAUCGAUCCAGGAGAUGACUCGCCACGACGGUUCACAUUAUGACCUCAGCCGUCACAACCCCCAUCUGAUAAACAUGUCACCUAGGAUACUGUCCCAUCACUCCAUGAGUGCACUGUCCCAACUGAACUCUCAGGUUGGCCGGAGUGCACUUACCCAUGGUUCUCCCUCACCUCCCGGAAGUAAAUCAGCCACACCCUCUCCCUCGAGCUCCACACAGGAAGAGGAAACCGAUUCCCACCAUAAGAUGACGGGCGAGAAGCGGCCCUCCUCGGAGAUGACGAAGCCCAAACCCAAACCACAGAAGAAGAAGAAGAAAAAGGACCCCAACGAGCCGAACAAGCCUGUGUCGGCCUACGCCCUCUUCUUCAGGGACACCCAGGCGGCCAUCAAGGGCGCCAACCCCAACGCCACCUUCGGGGACGUGUCCAAGAUCGUGGCCUCCAUGUGGGACAGCCUGGGGGAGGAGGCGAAACAGGGCUACAAGAGGAAAACAGAGGCGGCGAAGAAGGAGUACCUGAAAGCCUUGGCAGCGUACCGAGCCACUCUGGUUACCAAGACCUACAAUGACCCUGUGGAGACGAAAAGUGUCCAUACGAGCCAGCCUUCCUCGCACAUGAUGCCCCCCAAUCCACCACUGUACAGUGUCCCACCCCAGCCCUCCUCCCCCUACAGUCUGGGGCCGGGGGGCUUCCCCCUGUCGGACCUGCAGAGCUACGCGGGGGCGCCGCGUCACGCCCUCUCCCGGACCCUCAGCCAGUCUCAGAUGCUGCCCAGCAUUAGUGCCUCUCCCCCCUCCUCCUUCCAGAUCAGCCCGCCAUUGCACCAACAGCUCUCCCUGCACCAGAACUCCCUCCUCAACCAGCCAAUCCGCAUGCAGCACGGUCACCAGAUGGGACUCCAGGGCUCCCUUCACUCACCUCCUCCUGGCCAGCAGGGAUUCUCCCACCUACAGUCAGAGUACCAGAAAAGUGUGGGUUCCCAGUCCCCGGGGGCCCCUAAUCCUGGAGGGAGACAGAACCACGAGUGGGACAGUGAAUACUGCGAUCGGGAGUGCGGUGGCAACCACUGCAGUGGCAGCAUGAUAGCCAGGGACAAGCCACUCUACCUCACUUGAAGCUGGAGGCCGCCGUCGACAAGAAAAGACACCAGGGAGUCAGCCCUCAACAUCCCCACCCCACACAAACCACCUCCCCGACCCCCCAGCCCACUCCUACCACCACCAACAACCACCCUUUUUUGUCAAUGUAAUUUCUUCGGUUUUUAGAAAGAUUUGUGCAAAGUUCUGAUGACUACUAGCGAGCCCUGUUCUCUCUCUUUUUUUUUGUCUUUUUUUUCGGCACACACUUACAAAUAUCCAGGCGUAUUUCUUCUCCCGCCUGAAUCUAAAGCACUCAUCUUUGUCUCAGAGUUUAAAAAAAGUGAACUAUCAUGAAAAUAGUCCCCCUCAGGGACUAAACUGAGCUUUAAUUGGAAUAAGAUGAGCAAAAAUCAUUCUUUUUAUUUUUCCUUCUUCUUCUUCUUCUUCUUCUUCUUCUUCUUCUUCUUCUUCUCAUUUAAUCAUUUAUUUUUAUUUGUUUCGUUUUGUUUUCUUGUUGUUGUUGUUUUUAUUUAUUUCUCGCUUGCUACAUUUGCUUUUGCCAAUAACAGUCCCUGUGCUGUAGGGAAAAUAAUGCUCCUUGAUGUUACUGUAGCUGUGCUUUAGGGUCUGUGACUUAUAUUCAUACAAAGUGAUGGGGUGGGAAAGGAUAAUUACAUCAAUUCAACCUAGCUGUCACAGUGUGAUUGUAAAUAUCACUUUGAUCAAAUUGGGAAUUCGAAGUCCAGAUAGCUUUUCUUUCUUCUUCUUUAAUAUUACCUGUAAGUCAUUGGUUUGUAUUUCGAAGUAUAUCUUGUGUGUGCGGUUGCGUGCCUGCGUGUGUGUGGGUGUGUAUGCGUGUGCGACUGUGCGUAUGUGUGUGCACGUGCAUUUGGGUGUGUCUGUGUGCAUGUGAGUGUGUAUGCGUGUGUGUGUUUGUGUGUGUUUUGUGAAUUUUAACAGGCUCUGCAGGUGGAUUUCAGAGGAGUACUUCACACACUCGAUCUUGCAUUAAAUCUGUGCUCACUGGUGUGAUUUUUCCAAUAAAGUUACAUCAAAAACCCAAUACAGAGUCUGUGUCCUGCAGAUCAUUAAAUGGAAGGAGAGAGAAAGAAAGAAAGUGAUAGAGAGAGAUAGAGGGAGAGAGAGAGAGAGAGAGAGAGAGAGAGAGAGAGAGAGAGAGAGAGAGAGAGAGAGAAGGGUAAUGAGGAAAAGCGAGACAGACACAUACACUCAAAGAUCCUUGGCUACAGUCUGUUGAUUUGAUCAUUUAAUUCACCUGGUCAUGUAAAUUGUCAAUAUUCACCCACUAAACAUAAAAAUGUGAUCUAAAAAGCUAACUAUAUGUGAAUUAAUACUUCACAGAAACAUAGCAGUGGGUUUCUAGGUUUCCAGUAUCUUCUUAGGUGUUUCUAUUGUGUUGAUCUCAUCUUUAAGUUUUGUGAUAAAUAUGAAUGCAUUUGAUGAAGAAGACAUAUGUUCUUAUUUUCACUGUAGCAUAAUUUAAUUUUUUAGUUGUAAUGGAAAUAUAAUAACAUUUAAGUUAUGUAUAAGCCUGACAAUUGUAGUUAUUUUAUUUGUAAAGCCAGUAAUGAUUUCUGUUUUUAAAUUGUUAUCAACAUGUAUUUUUUUAAGUUGCCCAUUAGCUAUUUGACAGGUUUCCUAUUUAUGAAAGAACAAGAGAUCAUUUUUGCUUCUUACAAUGGACGUGCAUUUUUAUUCAAAUUGUAUUGUUUACCUUUUGGGUUUGAUGAUAAUGAUGAUAAUGAUGAUAAUGAUGAUUGCUUUUGUUUCUUUUUCAAUUUUUUUCUUUUUUUUACGCUGGUUCUUUCUUUCCUUGCCAGUGACAUCAUUUUGUGUCACAAUGCUUAUUUUAUUUCAAAUCUCCAUAAUAAAUAAAAAAGUGAAAAGUGAAA